GUUCCGGUUUAGUUUAUUUUGCAUUAAAAACCAAUUUCGGAGUCGUCAUCUUCCUCUUCGCCCAGAUUCACAUCCUUCGAGAAGAUUCACAUCAUUUUCCCAGAUUCGAAUCCGGUGAUAAUCAAUUGCAUUUCGUGUUUUUCUUUUCAAAUCUGGAUUCAAUUCGAAGGAUCUAAUCGUUUUGGUUGGUGUUGAUUCAGUUAUGGAUUGGCAAGGACAGAAACUAGCGGAGCAGCUGAUGCAGAUACUGCUCUUGAUCGCCGCCGUCGUGGCGUUCGUCGUUGGUUACACGACGGCGUCGUUUAGGACGAUGAUGUUGAUUUACGCGGGAGGCGUUGGUGUCGCGACGUUGAUCACGGUGCCAAACUGGCCAUUCUUCAACCGUCAUCCACUCAAGUGGUUGGAUCCAAGUGAAGCGGAGAAGCAUCCUAAACCGGAAGUCGCUGUUAGCUCGAAGAAGAAGUCAUCUAAAAAGUAGCACAAUCUUCUUUUGUAAUCUCUCUUAUUUUUCUAGACCUUUGAUAAAAAAAAAAGACAUGUUCUGGAUUUUGCUUAUGAAUAAGAUAGUCUAAAUGACAUAAUAUUUCGAUUGA